AUGUACUCGGUUCUGUUACUAACAAGAUCCACUCGACUCAGUAAUACGCCACUAAGACUGACGUCGUCGUUCAUAGGACCGCGCUUGCUGCAGCAAACAAGUAAUGGCGUAUCGCAAGGGUACGUGCGGAGAGAGCUGCAAACGGCGGAGAGACUACAAAGGCAACAGACCUUUACGGAGCGCAGCGAAUUGAAAUACGCCCGUCGACUGGUAAUUAAGCUUGGUAGCGGUGUUAUAACGAGAGAGGAUGAACAUGGUCUGGCUCUUGGACGUCUGGCGUCUAUCGUCGAACAGGUAGCUGAAUGUCAAAUCGACGGCCGCGAAUGCGUCAUGGUGACCAGCGGAGCGGUCGCCUUUGGCAAGCAAAAGCUCACCCAAGAGCUUUUAAUGUCCAUGUCGAUGAGAGAGACUCUGAGCCCCACUGAUCACACGCGAGAACAUGCAGGAACUAUGUUGGAACCUCGAGCAGCGGCCGCAGUCGGUCAAUCUGGUCUCAUGUCUCUCUACGACGCGAUGUUCGCCCAAUACGGAGUCAAGAUUGCUCAGGUAUUAGUGACCAAGCCUGACUUCUACAACGAGGAGACACGGAAAAAUCUCUUCAGUACUCUGAGUGAACUGAUUAGCUUGAAUAUCGUGCCGAUCAUCAACACGAAUGACGCGGUAUCUCCGCCACCAGACGUCGACGAGGAAGUCGCUGGCAGUGGUGGUAGACGAGGAAUAUCCAUUAAGGAUAAUGAUUCCCUAGCGGCUAUGCUGGCGGCUGAAGUCCAAGCAGAUUUGCUAGUCCUCAUGAGUGAUGUCGACGGGAUCUACAAUCUUCCACCUUGGCAGGAUGGCGCUAAGAUGUUGCAUACCUUCAGUUCUGAUCUAAGAGGUACUAUCAAGUUCGGGCAGAAGUCGAAAGUAGGCACAGGCGGUAUGGACUCGAAGAUCAACGCCGCCCUUUGGGCGAUGGAUCGUGGUGUUGCAGUCGUCAUCUGCAAUGGUACGCAGGAGAAGGCUAUUAAGAGUAUCAUGUCGGGCAGAAAAAUCGGAACGUUCUUCACGCAGGCUGCCGGCUCAUCCAUUCCUGUCGAGGUGAUCGCCGAAAAUGCUCGCGUCGGUAGUAGAGUGCUACAAGCGUUACGCCCGGAGGAACGAGCCGAGUGCAUCAAAAUCCUCGCAGGUUUGCUCGAAUCCAGACAGUCCGAGAUUCUCUCAGCAAACACAUUGGAUUUGGAAGCUGCGAGCAAAAAGAAUCUGGCAAAGGCCUUAUUAUCGCGUUUGUCUUUAACCCCGGCAAAGCUCAAGUCCCUAAGCUCCGGUCUGCAUCAGAUCGCGAACGAUUCAUUAAACAAUGUUGGUCGCGUACUCCGUAGGACCAGAUUAGCUGAUGGUUUGGAGUUGGAACAGAUAACGGUGCCCAUCGGCGUCUUGUUGGUUAUCUUUGAAUCGAGACCGGAUAGUUUGCCUCAGGUAGCCGCCCUGGCUAUGUCCAGCGCUAAUGGGCUUCUCCUGAAAGGUGGCAAGGAAGCCUCCCACAGCAAUAAAUACUUGAUGGUACUUGUAAAGGAGGCGCUGGAGAAGUUCGGUGCCUCGAACGCUAUUUCGCUCGUAUCCACAAGGGAAGACGUGGGUGAUCUUCUCUCAAUGGAAAAACAUAUAGAUCUCAUUAUCCCUCGCGGUAGCUCGGAUUUGGUCCACACGAUCCAGGAGCAGUCUAAGCAUAUACCUGUUUUAGGACAUGCCGAAGGUAUCUGUCACGUUUAUGUUGACGAGCAUAUGGAUGUAGCGAAAGCUAUGAGAAUCAUCAAAGACUCCAAGUGCGAUUAUCCUGCCGCGUGCAAUGCUAUGGAGACGUUAUUGAUACACGAAAGUCUGAUGAGCGGCAGCUUCUUUAGUGACGUGUGCAGCAUGUUGCAUAAAGAAGGGGUAAAAAUCAACUCCGGUCCAAAAUUAAGAGAGCUAUUGACUUUCGGUCCGCCUGCCGCCAAAAGCAUGCGAACCGAAUAUGGCGCACUUGAAUGCACCAUAGAAGUGGUUUCCGAUGUCGAUGACGCUAUCAGCCAUAUUCAUAAAUACGGUAGUAACCAUACCGAUGUUAUUGUCACCGAGCACGCCAGCACAGCGGCACACUUCCAGAGGGAGGUGGACAGUGCAUGUGUCUUUCAUAAUGCCAGUACUAGAUUCGCAGAUGGCUACAGAUUCGGUCUUGGAGCGGAAGUCGGUAUUUCCACGACACGUAUUCACGCACGUGGUCCAGUAGGAGUGGAUGGGCUUUUAACGACGAAGUGGAUUUUGAAAGGUGAUGGACACGCGGCUGCGGAUUUCGCUGAAGGAGGUAGCGGAACUUGGCUUCAUCAAUCCUUACCUCUCACGGAAUCAGCGUGAAUCGAUCGCUUCGAACUUUAUGAUCUCGGGUUAGCUAGAAUAUCAUUUAAUAAAAUGCAAUGAGUGAGCUUCUCAAAAAGAAAAGCACGACGGACAUAGAAAAAUAUAAAUAAAAAAAACAAAUCAAGCAUGAUAGAAUAAAAGAAAUACUAUCAUUUCGAAUCAUGUUUGAUAUAGGUAUCGAAUUAAAAUUUAAAAUUGUAACAUAGGUCGA